CCGACGUCACUAUGCCUGCCUCCGGUUAAAGCACCUCCGAGCAGCGACAAAAGCGUCACGGCUCCUAAAAGCAGCGGCGUGGCGCCAUCGCGAGUUUUUCAGCACAGCAACAAGAACCACAAAAUGCCUUAUUGCCAACGAGGAGGAGGAGCCUACAGUUCUUCCCUUCUCAGGAAGAAGUCGGGGAUGGAUGUGACGCGGCCAUAACUGAUUGGUCAAGAGCGCGUCCUGAGUGGCUGUGGCUUUUUUCCCCUCGAAGGCUCCAGCAGUGAGAUGCAUGUUUGGCUGUGUGCAAAGUAUCCAGGAAAGGAAAGGAAACAUUUAGGAGAACAAACCAAAGAAGAAGGAAAACCAAGAAAGAAGACACCAAGAAAGAAGAAAUUUAGAACAUUGGAAAGGUUGUGAUGUCUCCCAGCAUCUGUUUCUUGUCCAUUGUGUCCAAGCUCAACUUGGUGGUCUUGCUGCUCUCUGCAAUAAGCUUCCCUUCAUGCUUAAGCGACAGAAUCACAGAAUUUGGUCUCACAAAAAAAGAGAGCGAUUUAAAAGAACAGAACAAGAAAGAGGUAGUGAUGGUGGAGGAGGAAGAGCUUGACCCUGAAGACCUGGAAGUGUUUUAUCCAACCCACCAGUGGCAAACAGUCAGGCCAGGUCAGGCUCUUCCUGCAGGAUUACACGUGCAAUUAAAUCUUCAGACAGGAGAAAGGUUAGCCAGGCUUCCUAAUAAUGAAAAUGAAAAAGGUGAUGUGAAAGAUCCUUCAAAAAAUAAAAGGUUGGGCCCCAUAGAUCUUGACCCAAGUUCAUUUACAACACAAGAGCUCAAAAAGGCAUUGGCUAAAAUGAAGGAGAGCAUGAAAGUGGAUGAUACGCUGGAACAAAAGGCUCAUCAGGAAGAUGUCAGACAAAGGUUCCGUUCUAUUGAAAAACUCAAGGAAGAGUUUAUGGAGCUCAAUAUGCAGCUGGAAACGGACUUUGAAAUUAUGUCUAAACUAAUCAACAGAUUCAACAGUACCACUUCAACACUGGAAGAGAAAAUAGCAGCACUUUACGAUCUUGAAUAUUAUGUUCAUCAGGUGGAUAAUGCCAAAGAUUUGCUUUCCCUUGGUGGCUUACAACUUUUGAUUAAUGGGCUGAACAGCACUGAGCCACUGCUGAAGGAGUAUUCAUCCUUUGUGCUGGGAGCAGCUCUCUCUAGCAACCCCCGAGUUCAAGUAGCAGCCGUGGAUGGUGGCGCUUUGCAAAAACUGCUGUUGAUUUUGGCCACGGAUCAAUUGCUGGCUGUCAAGAAAAAGGCUCUCUUUGCUUUGUCAUCAAUACUGAGAAACUUUCCUUAUGCCCAGCAGCAGUUUCUCAGACUUGGAGGACUUCAGAUACUCAGAGAUCUCUGCACAGAGAAUGGGAUGGAGACCCUACACAUACGUAUUGUGACGCUCCUCUAUGACUUGAUGGUAGAAAAGCUUUUGCUCAAGGAGUCUCAAGACGAUGAUGAUCACAUGCAGGAAAGAGGGCAGCAGUACAGCAAGGUGAACUUGGGUCCCGCCAUCCUAGAACAGGGCUGGUGCACCAUCGUUUCAGAUCUCUUGAAACUUCCCAAGGAACACGACACCAGGGAAAAGGUCCUCCAGACCAUGCAUGUGCUGCUGGCCUUUUGCAGAGACAACUACAAAGGAGACCACAGCCUCGACCAGACAUUAAGCCUCCUGCGCCGAGAAUAUGAAGAACUGGCAGCGGAAGAACAAAAGGAAGGGGAUGAAGAUGGCUAUUUUAAGGAACUCCUUAGCUCUAUAAAUAGCAUUGCCCAGCAGCUAAAAUGAGGAUUCCUGUAGCUUUGCUGAGAUAUAGAAAUUACACUUGGAAGGAGUUACACUUAAAUAAACCACUGACUAAA